AUGUUCACCAAGAACCUCGUCGCCCUCACGGCUGUUGCCGGCCUCGCCGAGCAGGCCGUCGCCUUCAACUCGCACCGCCAUCUUCACCGUGCGGCCGACGUCAACGUGAAGCGCGACUACGUGACGCACUGGGUCACCGUCUACGAGACCGCCUAUGUCACCGAUGGCCAGCAGGACUCAAAGGCCGCCGCCACCGAGUAUGUCGCCAACUCUGUCCCCGCGCCGCAGCCCACCGUUGCCGCCGCGCCGCCCGUCGUCAGCAGCCAGGCGCCGCCUCCUCCCCCGCCUGCUUCGCCGACCACUCUGGUCACCUCGGCCAAGCCCGCUCCUGUCAACAUUCAGGUCAGCGCCCCGCCGAUCAAGGUCAAGGAGCCGGUCGCUGUCACGUCCUCUGCUCCCGCCGCGACCACCUCCAAGGCGUCCAGCGGCAACGGCGGCUCGAGCGGCCUGUCCAGCAAGCGCGGCAUCGCCUACAACGAUGCCGGCAUGGCCAACAUCUUUGGUGGCGAGUGCAAGACCUGCUCCUGGGCCUACAACUGGGGCUCGAACCCCGGUUCCCUGAACAAGAACAUCAACUUCAUCCCUACUCUGUGGGGUAACAAAGAACCAUUCAUUAGCGCCUGGCAGUCGGAUGCCGAGAAGGCCAUCGCCAACGGCGCCAAGGCCUUGUUCAGCUUCAACGAGUGCGACAACAAGGGCCAGGCCAACAUGCUCCCAACCGACGCCGCUGCCGCCCACACCAAGUACAUGAGCCCGUUCGCCGGCCAGGUUCCCAUUGGCGCGCCGUCCAUCACCAACAGCGGCCAGAAGGGCGAGGGUAUCGAAUGGCUCACGGAGUUCAUGUCGGCGUGCUCUGGUAAUUGCCCGGUCGACUUCUGCAAUGUCCACUGGUACUCCGAGGCCCAGUAUGCCGACACGCUCUUCACCCACCUCGAGGCUGCCCACAAGGCCUGCAACAACAAGCCCAUCUGGCUCACCGAGUUCGCUCCCCUCGACGGCGACGCCGGCAGCUUCCUCAAGCAGGUCAUCCCCAAGCUCGAGUCGCUCGACUACCUCCACGGCUACUCGUACUUCAUGGUCGCCAACGACAAGCUCAUGUCGAGCGCCACGAGCCUGAGCUCCCCCGGCCAGGUCUACGCCGCCCUGGCCUAG